AUGGGCAUAAGUGUUCCCGAGUGCCUGAGCCAUCUGGACUUCCGAAAAGGUGUCGUGGGCCUGGCCACGGGCGCUGGGGCCAUCUACCUGCUCUACAAGGCCAUCAAGGCUGGCAUAAAAUGCCAACCGCCCAUCUGCUCCGGCUCACCCAUCUGUAUCGCCCGCCUGGCAAUUGAGCGCGAGCGGCAUGGACGGGACUCAGGAGAGCUCCGGAGGCUCAUCAACUCUCUGGAGCACAAGCAGGACGAGUACGCCAAGAGCAUGAUCCUGCACAGUAUCACGCGGUGUGUGUACUUGCUGGAGGCUGAGGCCUCUGCGUGUAGCGUUGAUGACAUCAGUUUGGUGGGCAGCAUGUUGGAUGACAAGGACAACAGUGUCAAAAUCCAAGCUCUGAACGCGCUUAAGGCUUUCUCUGGUAUCAGAAAAUUCAGGCUCAAAAUCCAGGAACACUCCAUCAAGGUGCUGGAGCUGAUCUGCACCGUCUGGGACUCAGAGCUGCACGUUGCCGGCCUCAGGCUCCUCAACAACCUCCCGUUGCCGGACUAUGUCCACCCACAGCUGCGGCGGGUGAUGCCCGCCUUGAUGGAGAUCCUACAGUGCGACUACAUCCUGGCACAGGUGCAAGCCAUCCGACUGCUGAGUUACCUGGCACAGAAGAACGACCUCCUCUAUGACAUUCUCAACUGCCAGGUGCACCCCAACUUCUUGAACCUGUUCCAGUCCACACAGCCAGGGAGCCUGCUGUUUGAGGUGCUGGUGUUUGCUGAGCGGCUGAGCGAGGGCCGGAAUGCCCCCCACUACCGCGUUGUGAAAUGGCACUACAAUGAACAAUCCGUGCACGAAGCCCUCUUCCGGGAUGAGUCUCGGCUAGCAGACCGGCUGCUUGCCCUGGUCAUCCACCCUGAGGAGGAUGUUCAGAUCCAGGCCUGCAAGGUCAUAGUCAGCCUGCAGUGCCCCCAGGACCUGAGAGCGCGGCCCUCCUGCCAGUCCAGUGUAACCUAUAAUAGUGGGGAAUAA